CGACAAUAGACUUAAACCUGAAGCCAAACAAGUCUUCGGUUAUUGCCUUUGUUCAGCUGAGUUGAGAAGAGAAGAAGCCAAACUUUCUCAGAUUAUCCAUCCUACUGAUUUUUUCCCGGAAAGUAAUCGCAAUCAGCUUUGGGAGAAGAGGGGAUUGUUCAUUCAUUGUUUUGCCAUGGCAAUGUAUAUCCGUGUGAAGCGCAUGAAAGCCACUUACUUUAUCCAAUGCGAUCCCACAGAGACUGUUUUGGAUGUUAAACAAAAGCUCUCUACCCUCAUUGAGCAACCAGUUAGUAACCAACGUCUCAUCUUGUUGUCUACUGAAGAAGUAUUGGAGGAUUCCAAAUCUCUAGCCGAGCAGAAGGUUGAGAAUGAUGCAGUUGUGGCUCUGACUUUGAGGAAAGACGAUGACGACUUUGAGGAUGUUGACAUUGCACAGCCCACCGACUUUUCUGUUGCAUGAAGAGUAUAACUGGCUGUAUCAGGAGAACCUUUGCUUCAGCAGGAGAAGUAUUGAUGUUAACACGAGUUGGAAUCUAUAAACGCUUGAAGUUAUAUCUUUCUCUAAUGUCUCUUUAGUUGUUACAGACAAUUGUUGUAAGCAAAGAUAUUUAGAUGUGGAAGUGUGAUUGCAAUUUGCAAGAUGAUAAGUUGUCAGUUAAAGUCUUUCAUGUUAUCUCUCCCAUUUUUCCAAUUGCUUCCUUGGAGGAGUUACAAUGAACUGGUGGCCAAAGACGAUUCUUGUUGGUGUACACUUGCAUGCUUUGUAACAUUGAACUUUUUUAACACGAC